AUCAAUCGUGGAAAAUAUCGAUACUGCCACCCCCAGGUCCGGGUGCCAUCGCUAGUUCCUUUUCUUUUCGAAUUUCUCGUGGAAAACGCCAACAUGGGUUUCGCUACUCUCUGGUACUCGCAUCCCCGCAAAUAUGGCCAAGGCUCCCGAUGCUGCCGUGCCUGCUCUAACCGCCACGGUCUGAUCCGCAAGUAUGGCCUUAACAUCUGCCGCCAGUGCUUCAGGGAGUACGCCAACGACAUUGGCUUCAAGAAGCUGGACUAAAUGUGUCCUCUUCGCAUUUUAACGCGGUAAUCGCGUAUAUUAAUGCAUAUUAAUGUAUGGAGUCGUCGGAUGUCGGGGACUCGGUAAAUUAGUAUGCCGGCAGCAACAGCAACAACAAUAAUCAUUUGGGGAUUUAAGCAAGGACAAAGCGCAUCGAAGCAUUGAUUCAAUAUAGCCAGAAUGGCCAACAGCAACACCACAAAAUGCCAACAGUUACCACCUUCCGCGAAGGAUCUUUGUUAAAGCACUAGUUUUGUUUAAAUCUCCGCCUGAUUAAACCCAUAACAAGAAACGUAUUUAAUUGUGUCAUAAUUUGAGCCUGUAUCUAGCGGGCUAUCUUAGUGGGCAUCCUCGCAUUUGUGUUGAUGGCUGCCGGAAAAGUGUACAUUUCCUUGUUUUUGAACUGCAGUGCGAUCAGUCAGCCAGCAACCCAUCCAGUCUGUGUCACCUAAUAACCGCUACCAAAACAAAAGCAAACCGGUUUUCAGAGAUGGAAAUCACCAGGUCAUCUCAUUCCUAAACUUCAUCUCUCUUAGCAUUCAAAACCUCAUUGUUGUGUGUUUCACCAGUUGCAUAAAGGCUUUUGAUGCGGACUUUGAUGUGAUAUGCAAAACUGGCAGGCCACUGAACCCAUUUUUUAUAUGCGUUGAAUUUGUAGAAAAUAUUUGCACUUAAUCAUAUAUAGCUGGCUAAGUUACCACUCAUAUGUGAAUUCAAAAGCAGUUUCGAACAUAGAUAUGUAC